AUGUAUUUAUUUAACUUUUUUUGGUUACAGAUUCUUACUCUGUAUGAUAGUAUUAAUGUUAUUGACGUAAAUAAAGUUGUGGAAUAUGUUCAGAGUCUACAGAAAGAAGAUGGUUCUUUUGCUGGAGAUAUUUGGGGAGAAAUUGAUACAAGAUUCUCUUUUUGUGCUGUGGCAACUUUGGCUCUAUUGGGGAAGCUGGAUGCUAUUAAUGUGGAAAAGGCAAUUGAAUUUGUUUUAUCGUGUAUGAACUUUGAUGGUGGAUUUGGUUGUAGGCCAGGUUCUGAGUCCCAUGCUGGGCAGGUAAUUCACUAAUGCAGAUUAAAAUACGUUAAUAGCAAUUUUAGUGUUUGUUAAAUAUGAGUGAAGUUAAUUUGACCAAAGGUAAUAUAAUGUGGGAUGUUACAUUAUAGUUGAUUAAUAUUGCUGAUUAAGGAAGGCCUUUUUGCUUUAUGUACAUUCACCUGCUGGUGAAAC